AUGCCCGCCGCAGCAGGUCCAAGCAAAGUCACCAAUGGCAACAAAAAGGACAGCGGUGCUUUUGUCGAUAGUUUUCUAGAAGGAUGGAGCGACUUUGACGAGGAAGACCCGUUCGGUUCCCCGAAAGGCGACAAAUCCAAGAAGACCGAUGACAAGAAGACCGACGCCAGUAGUAAAAAGAGAAAAGGGACCGAUGUUCUCGGGUUAGAAACAGAAGUCGACAAGAAGAAAGCUCGUGUUCCCAGAGUCAAGCUUGACGAUGCCCGACUACUAUCAGACAAAGGCAUCCCAUGGCUCCGAAAAAACGCCCAAUCCAGACUAAAGCUCAAAGGCAAAGGCCACGAAUUUUCCGACGCUGCCCGAAUGUUAUCGUUCUACCAGGAAUGGCUUGACGAACUCUUUCCCAAAGCCAGCUUCCUUGACGCAUUGGCAAUGGUGGAAAAGGCUGGACACAAGACCUCGUUGCGGAACGCCAGGAUGAAAUGGAUUGAUGAGUUGAAACCCAGAGGCGAGGGAGAGGAGGGUCCGAACGACGUAGACCCGUUUCCGAUUUACGAACAUGAUAAGACACCAAAAGAUACAGGAAGGAUUGCGCCUGUGUUCGAUAAGGCCAAGGAACGACCGAAGACACCCGAUGGGGAUGAUUUGUUUGGAGACGAUGACAUCUACAAUGCCACGCCAAGAGCUGCGACCAAGGGGGCUAGGGGUGAAGGCGUUCCGGACGAUGAUGAUUUGGAUGCGCUGAUGGCAGAGGCAGAGGCUAACUCUGGGCAGCCACCAAGAAGCAUAUUUGGGAACGGGUCGGAGAGCAUAUUUGGGAAUGGGACAAGUAACAGCACGGCAGCGGCACCACCAAAACCACAGGCGAAUAACAUACCAGAGGAUGACGAUCUGGACGCUCUGAUGGCCGAGGCAGAAGCGGAAACAUUGUCCACUAGACCGAACCAGUCAACCAAGAGCAUACUUGGCGAUGGCAAUUCCAAACCAUCUGCCCCGCAAAGGAAAGAAGUGGAUGACUUUGAUGAUGACGAUUUGGAUGCGCUUAUGGCCGAGGUUGAGGCCCAGCCACCUACGAAGGCACCGAGCGCGCCCAAGUCUACGGAGCCUACGAAGGUUAAUGAUGAGGAGGACGAUCUUGACGCUCUGAUGGCAGAAGCAGAGGCAGAGGGAGCGUCUUCUAAGCCUGUUCCUGAAACCCAGAAGGAGGCUGGGGCCAAAAAAGACACCAGCUUUGACGAUGAUGAGGCGGCAAUGGCAGAGAUGGAUGGGUUGUGGUAA